AUGAUAGUUCGUAUAAAUCAGCGGGAGGCUGAGGGAGCUGUCGGGGUGGGCAACGAUACUGAAAUCUUAAUCGAACCGGAGAAAGAGGACGUGCCCGCUGGGAAGAAAGGUGGCACAAAUGGCUUCCUGGUAAGUCUGGCCGGAAAGGUGAUGACGGAAUACCUAAUGGUACGAGUGGUGGCUGACGAGCUGGGACGGUCUACCCUUCAGAGAGUUUUAACCUUCGGUGAGACGAAACUCUACGUCCUAGAAGGUAUUGCUUUCAUCGCUGCUAUUACUUCUGGUGUUGCUGUUGCCAUGGUCAACCUGGUCAUGGGAAACUUCUUGACUCUGUUGAGCGACUUCAGCUUCUCUGACGCGCGCUCAAUGCCGGAAAACCUCAUGUCAGCGGUGCGAACGUCGGCUCUGUACUUCAUUUACAUAGGUAUCGUCCGUCUCAUGGCUACAUACAUCUACGCAUCUCUAUUCACCUAUGUCGCGUACCACUUAACCCGUAACGUCCGUCAAAGCUAUCUACGGGCUGCCUUGAGCCAAGAAAUUGCAUACUAUGACCGAGGCGCCACCGGAUCUAUAUCUCAACAAGCGACCACGAACGGCAAACUCAUUCAAUCCGGCAUCGCAGAGAAACUUGGCAUCGCCAUCCAAGCGACGGCCACUUUCGUGGCAGCCUUCAUAGUUGCGUUUGUAACACAAUGGAAGCUGACUUUGAUCCUCAUCUUCAUUGUGCCAACUCUGCUCAUUGUAGUCGGCAUGGUAGGGGGCAUCGAUGCUACGAUUGAGACCAAGAUCUUGCAGAUCUACGCCCACGCCAGUAGCUAUGCCGAGAGCGUCUUCGGAGGGGUCCGGACCAUUCAAGCAUUCAGCCUUCAACCAAGGGUGUUAGCCAAGUACGACUCGUACCUCCAGCAUGCGUACACCCAAGGAAUGAGAAAGAACAAGCUGUACGGCAUGGUGUUCGGAGGGCAGUAUUUCGUCGUCUACGCCGGCAUGGGCCUGGCGUUCUGGCAGGGCAUUGCCAUGUUCGACCGUGGCGAGAUCCCUGAUCUAGGAACCGUAUUUACUGUUCUGUUCUCCGUCAUCAUGGCUGCAAAUACAGUCACGCAAAUCGCACCGCACAUGGUAACCUUCAGCCGUGCGGCAACUGCGGCUUCGGAGCUGUUCGCUCUCAUUGAUAGGCAAUCCGAAAUCAACCCCUUCGAUGAACUGGGAUACCAACCGGACAAAACGACCGGCUUUAUUGAUUUGUAUGGUGUCAGAUUCAGCUAUCCUACGCGUCAAGAUGUCUCGGUCUUGGAGGACUUCACAUUAAACAUCCCCGCAGGCAAGGUCACGGCGUUGGUGGGACCUUCCGGCUCAGGAAAAAGUACGGUUAUCGGCUUGCUUGAAAGAUGGUAUAACCCCCAAGCAGGCAGCAUCUGUUUGGAUGGCAAGGACAUCGGUCAGCUUAACCUCAAGUGGUUGCGGACCAAUAUCCGCCUAGUGCAACAGGCAAGGCACCUAAAUGUAUUCGAGACCAUCGCCAACGGCCUGGUUGGCACCCAAUGGGAGGCAGCAUCGCAAGAGGAGCAAAUGCAGCGCGUCCAAGUAGCCGCGAAGCUCGCCUUCGCGCAUGAGUUCAUUCAGACCCUGCCGCAAGGGUACCACACGCGCAUCGGCGAGAGAGGCGGCCUGCUCUCGGGCGGACAGAAGCAGCGGAUCGCCAUUGCCCGUAGCGUGAUCUCGGAGCCCAAAGUCCUGCUCCUCGACGAAGCGACCAGCGCGCUGGACCCAUAUGCCGAGGGCAUCGUCCAGAAGGCCCUUGAAAACGCCUCCAAGAACCGGACGACCAUCGUGAUCGCUCACAAGCUCGCCACCAUUCGCAACGCCGAUAACAUCGUGGUCAUGUCUAAGGGUAAGAUCAUCGAACAGGGACGUCACGAAGAGCUGGUGUCCAGGAACGGUAUCUACGCCACACUCGUCAAGGCCCAGGACCUCGCGCCGGCCAACAUCGAGAAUGAGGAUAGGCUGGAGAGUAGCAAGACUUCUGAUAGGAUUUCAGAAAAGGAGAACUAUCACGUCGGUCGCAUUCAGUCUCUUGCCAGGAUGCGGACGCCCAAGACGCAACAAUUGGCGGCACUAAGCAAUCCAGAGGAUCAUGACUUGUACGACAAGACGGACAUCAUCCGCAAUAUUUGGAAGCUUCUGAGGGGGACACGCGAUAUCUGGCUUUGGUUCGCGGUCACAAUAGCCACGUGCAUCGGAGGAGCGGUCAUCAAUCCUGGACAAGCGCUCUUGCUAGGCAAUAUAAUGAGCGUCUUUACCUCCUCUAACGUGGUCACUCGCGGCAACUUCAUCUCGUUAAUGUUCUUCGUGAUGUCGCUCGGCAUUCUAGUCAUAUACUUCGUUAUGGGCUGGUCGACCAAUACUAUCGCACAUAGACUCAGCAGGAAGAUGCGACGGGAAAUUCUGGAGUCCUUCCUCCGGCAGGACCUUCGGUUCUUCGACCGGCCAGAAAACACGGUGGGCGCACUCAUAAGUCGCCUCGAUUCAUACCCGCAGGCCAUUCUGGAGUUGAUGGGCUUCACCGUUGCUAUCGUCUUCAUGUCCGUAUUGAACAUCCUCGUGUCUAGUAUUCUUGCAAUUGUCGUGUCUUGGAAGCUAGGGCUGGUUGGCGUCCUCGUCGGCCUACCGCCCAUGAUGCUAGGGGGAUAUGUGCGCGUCCGGAUUGAGGCCGAUAUGGACGACAAAAUGGAUAAGAGGCUAUCGGCCAGUGCUUCGGUGGCUUCGGAGACAAUUACGGCGAUCCGCACCGUCUCUUCGCUGGCCCUUGAGAGCACCGUGCUGAGGAAGUACGUCUAUGAGCUCGACCUAGCGAUAUAUCAGAUGCGCAGACCCAUGUUCCACAUGAUGAUCUGGUUCUCUCUCACCCAGUCUGUCGAAUAUUUCGUGCUAGCCUUGGGGUUUUGGUGGGGAUCAAAGCUAAUCAACGACGAGGAAAUCAGCUUGUAUCAGUUCAUCGUAUCGUUUAUGGGUGUUUACUUCUCCGGCCAAGCCACCGCGUUGGCUUUCAGCUUCGCCAGCAGCUUAACAAAGGCGAACCAAGCUAGCAACUACUACUUCUGGCUCGACAGCCUCCACGGAACCAUCCGUGAGACUGGUGGCAAGCGCGAAGAGGGGCCCAAGCACGGGUGCCGCUCCUACGACUUCCAUGACGUGCAUUUUUCGUACCCCCUCGCGCCCGACCACCGGGUACUCAAGGGCGUGUCUCUGUCGAUUCAACGAGGUGACUUCGUGGCCUUCGUGGGUGCAUCAGGUUGUGGAAAGAGCACAAUGAUCUCGCUCCUAGAGCGCUUCUACGACCCGGUAAGCGGCGCCAUCACCAUUGACACGUCUGCGCCGUUAUCGAGCAUCAACCCGCUUCUAUACCGCAAGCACGUCGCCCUGGUGCAGCAAGAGCCGACACUCUUCCCUGGUACGAUUCGUGAGAAUAUCUCGCAGGGCCUGCCGGACCUCGGCGUAACGGAGGCAGCGUCGGACGAGGCGCUGGAGGAGGCGUGUCGGGCGGCCAAUGUAUGGGACUUCAUAUUAUCGCUGCCCGAGGGCCUCGACACGCCGUGUGGGACCAGCGGCAGCCAGCUCUCCGGGGGUCAGCGGCAGCGCAUCGCCAUCGCUCGGGCGCUGGUACGCAAGCCCAACGUGGUCCUUCUUGAUGAAGCGACGAGCGCGCUCGACACCGAGUCGGAGAAACUUGUCCAGGGCGCGCUGGUGGGGGCAGCGUCAUCCAGAGACCGUAUCACCAUCGCGGUGGCGCACCGCCUUUCGACGGUCCGCGAUGCUAAGUGCAUCUUCGUCUUCUACGCAGGCAAGAUUGUGGAGGCCGGGACGCACAGCGAAUUGGUUGCCAGGGGGGGCAUGUAUGCUAAGAUGUGCGAGGCUCAGAAGCUUGAAGGUGCUGCAUGA